AUGCCCCACUGGCCAGAGGCUGCUGUGAAAUACGAAGGGAAGCUGUCAACGUUCCAGUUCCGUAUCAGCCUGUGGACGGUGACCUCGCUGGGAUUCCCCCUUCCCAAACCUGAGCUGAUCACCCAGCUGGAACGAGGGGAAGAGCCAUGGGGGCCUGAUCUUCAGGUCUGCGAGGAAAGAGAGAUCCCAAGAGGUGCCCGCACAGCAGGAGAAGUGGAACCAGACGGGACCUUUGUGGGAAGAGCUGCAGAGAAUUUUUCCCACUGCUGGGAACAGGGAGAUAACGGGGGAAAUUGGCAGAGGUCAGAGAGGCUUCUGGGAAACCACUUAAGGGAGCAAACAGAUGAAUCUAUUAUAUGUGCGGAAGGAUACAGGGAUCCCACAGCCCGGCAAACAACCCCAAAGGAAGACAGACACUAUGAAUGCCUUGGCUUUGGGAAAGGAUUCGUUCUGAGACCACAGCUUGUUACGCUUCAGGCAAUAAAUACUGGCGAGAAAUCACUUCAGUGCUUAGACCGUAGGGAAAACUUCAGUAACCUCUCAGAUCUUAAUAACCAUGGGAAAAGCCACACUGGAGAGAAAUCCUAUCAGUGCUUUGAGGACAGGAACAAUUUGACUUGGAAGUCAGUACUGAUUACACAUCAAAUAAGCCAUAUAGGAGAGAGACCGCAUAAGUGCUUAGACUGUGGGAAAAGUUUUAUAUGGAAGUCAGAUGUUGUCAGACAUCAGGCUGUCCACACAGGAGAGAGACCCCAUAAGUGCUUGGACUGUGGGAAAAGUUUCACACAGAGGUCAGACCUUGUUAGACAUCAGGCCAUCCACACAGGAGAGAGAUCCCAUAAGUGCUUAAUCUGUGGAAAAACUUUCAUACAGAGGUCAGCCCUUGUUUCACAUCUGUCAAUACACACAGGAGAGAGACUCCAUAAGUGCUUAGAGUGUGGAAAAAGUUUCAUACGGAGGUCAGACGUUGUCAGACAUCAGGCUGUCCACACAGGAGAGAAACCCCAUAAGUGCUUAGACUGUGGGAAAAGUUUUAUAUGGAAGUCAGGCCUUGCUAAACAUCAGGCAAUCCACAUAGGAGAGAAAUCCCAUAAGUGUUUGGAUUGUGGGAAAAGUUUCACAAAUAAAUCAAAUCUUAUAAUACAUCAGAGGAUCCAUACAGGAGAGAGACCCCAUCAGUGCUCAGACUGUGGAAAAAGUUUCAUACAGAGGUCAGACCUUGUUAGACAUCAGGCCAUCCACACAGGAGAGAGAUCCCAUAAGUGCUUAAUCUGUGGAAAAAGUUUCAUACUGAAGUCAGCCCUUGUUUCACAUCAGAGAAUCCACACUGGAGAGAGACCCCAUAAGUGCUUAGACUGUGGAAAAAGUUUCAUACGGAGGUCAGCCCUUUUUUCACAUCAGAGAAUCCACACAGGAGAGAGACCCCACAAGUGCUUAGACUGUGGGAAAAGUUUCAUACAGAGGUCAAAUUUUGUUGAACAUCAAGCAAUCCACACUGGAGAGAGACUGCAUAAGUGUUUGGACUGUGGGAAAAGUUUCACACACAGAUCAAAUUUUAUAACACAUCAGAGGAUCCAUACAGGAGAGAGACCCCAUCAGUGCUCAGACUGUGGAAAAUGUUUCAUACAGAGGUCAACCCUUCUUAAACAUCAGGCAAUCCAUACAAGAGGGAGACCAUAAGUGCUUGGACUCUGGGAAAGGUUUCAGAAACAGAUCAGGCCUUCUAAACAUCUGGCAAAACACGCAUAGUGCUUAGACUAUGGAAAAACGUUUCAAAUAGGUGUCUGUCCUUGUUUUACAUGAGAGAAUACUCCCAGGGGAGAGACCCCUGUAGCUGCUUAAUCUGUGGCAAGAGUUUUAUAUGGAAGUCAGACCUUAUUAGACAUCCAGCAAUCCACAGAGGAGAGAGACCCCAUAAGUGCUUAGACUGCGGGAAACAUUUCAGAAACUGAUCAGUCCUUGUUUUACAUGAGAAAAUCCACACAAGAGCAAGUCUCCAUAAGUACUUGGACUGUGGCAAAAGUUGCACACUGAGAUCACACCUCAUUAAACACUGGAGAAUUCACACACAAUCUCAACUUCUGUGACACCUUGUUGCACCUCUAGAAAUAGAACUAGCAGAGUCUUGUUUGAGGGAGAAGACAAUAUGGCACGUUUACUGUGAACACAGAGAAUUCUUAUUAGGGGUAAAAGAUAAGUAAUUCAAUUUCUAUUCUUAGCUAAGAUUGUUCACCGCACACACACACACAGUUCUAUAAAUGGAAUAUAAUUACCAGCCUCAGUUGCUCCUCCUAGUCCACUGGCCAGGUGGUCUAGUCACGAGGAGGAGAGCUGGGUCCUGUCGGUGUGCACCGAUGCUCCCGGAGGAUGAUCAUAGAACUGGAAGAAGAACCCAACCCUAUGGUUUUGUACCCAUCUUUUUAUAUGUUUCUAUCCAUAGAUCUUGUCCUGUCCCACUGCCCCUAGACACUGUAUGAUUAUGAGUCAUCAGUUAAUGGCAGAUGUGACUUUGAUCUUUUUCUUGAUGGAGCUUUUGUUUUUCUUUCUCUUGGGUGGGUUCUUUUGCAAGUUUCACCCAUAUUGUUCUUCAGCCAUCAGGGCGGUGCUGGCUGCUGGUCUUUGCGAUGAGCUGGCAUCAGGGACUGAUCCCAUCCCACACCCACAUUUACACUUUUAAAUGAAACACACAAACCUAACAUUACACAGAGUUUCAGUUACAAUAUGGAAUUGCUUUAGUCAUAAUGUAUAAUGGUUUAAGAUGGCGGUUUUAGUUACAAUGUAUUAAAAAGAAAAGAGUUACAGUAACAUUCUUCCAAGGCAAUUCUUGGUAAGCUACUAACACAUAAUUUGUCCAAAGAUGGUUAACACUGUUUCAUUUAUAAAAAGACAAUGUCAUUAAUAAUAAAAGGUGGUUUCAUUGCAAGUAUACAGAGCUAUAUUAUAUAGGUAUAAUUUAUUUAAAGGGUGAUUUCAUUCUUCAGCCCUACGACCUGGCCCGAAAGAGUUAAGAAACUUGCAUGCUAAUUGACCCAGAUUCAGCCUUUAGAGAGAUGUUCGAAAAGUGUUUAAAUUAUAUUUGGGGUCAUUCCAAGUAAUAGAAACUAGAACUUUGAAACGUAACCUUGUAUUGUUAAAAACUCAGAAUAAGAUAGUGUUGCUGAUUAAUCGUGAUUAACUCAAAAAAAUUAAUUGUGGGUAGAAAAAUUAAUCUCAAUGGAUCACACCGUUACAUAAUAGAAUACCAACUGAAAUUUGUUAAAUGUUUUUGGAUGUUUUUCUACGUUUCAUAUAUAUUGAUUUCUAUCACAACAAAGAAUAGAAAGUGUGCAGUGCUCAAUUUAUAUUAUUUUUAAUCACAAAUAUUUGUCCUGUAACCAUGAAAAGCAAAAAUAGUAUAUUUCAAUUCACCUCCUAGAAGUACUGUAGUGCAAUCUCUUUAUCAUGAAAGUGUAACUUUGAAACAUAGAUUAUUUUUGGUAUAUAACUGCACUCAAAAAUAAAGCAAUUAAAAACUUUAGA